AUGCCCCAGACGCGGUCCGCCAAAGCCAUCUUAAGCCACCAAGAACGCACCGCAACUGAACCGCGCGAAAAAGACCUCCAUGCCGCGACCGUCGACACCAUAACAGAAGUCAACAACCGCAUCAAGACAUUCAGGUUCGCGCUCAAAGACAAGAACGGCUUCAACUUCCAUCCCGGCCAAUGGCUCGACGUCUUUGUGCCUGGCGUUGAGAAAGCGGGCGGCUUCACCAUCACGAGCUCGCCACGAGAUGCCCUGUCACAGUCGAACCGCGACCACGCGCCCUUUUUCGAGCUGGCGGUGCAGAAGAGCCCCAACAACCCACCUGCGGAAUGGCUAUGGGGGCCGGAAGAGGAGGUGCAGGGACAAGAGGUCAACGUGCGCGUAGGCGGAAGCUUCGUCUGGCCACCACCCGGGCUGGACCUGAGCAAGAUCAAGCGCGCCAUCUUCAUCGCAGGCGGUGUGGGCAUCAACCCCAUGAUGUCCAUGCUCGCCUACAUCAACCAAAACUACCCCUCCCUCCAAGUCCGCCUCCUCUACUCUACAAAGGUGCCCUCGCGCGAAACUGUCCCCACGCAAGUCCUCUACCUCACCCAACUCCUGGACCUCUUCCGCAUACCGCGCUCCGAGACAACAAAGGACCGCCUCGAGCUCUACUUUACGGGCACAUGGGACGGGUCACUUAUGAACAGACAUAACACCGAGCCCAUACAACCGCUCAUGUCGCUCACGCUGCCGAAUCUCGAUGUCGAUACUGAGGUACCCGUGGUUGCAUGGACGCAUCGCAUCGAUGAGAUUGCGCUGAGCAGUGCGGUGGGGACCAAGGAGGAGGCGAAGAGUACGUGUUUUUACGUCUGUGGGCCGCCGGAUAUGACGGAUGAGAUUGUGAAGUAUUUGAAGGAGCAGGAACAUGUUGUUCCUGAGAGGGUGCUGUGUGAGAAGUGGUGGUAA